UAUAAAAUAAUUCGAUUUGCUGGUUUACUGAGAAUCGGAGUAAUGUGCUGGGCGAAGUCAACAUGGCUGGCAGAAAUAUUCCUCCUCUGCAGCCAAACGUGUCACGACCUUGGAAGUGUCCCUUGUGUUCUGAGGCAUAUCCUACAGAAAUUGCACGCAAUCGACACUUACUUGAGAGACAUGCAAAGCAUUGGAAGUGCCACUUGUGUCCAUCAACAUUUCCUACAAUGGAACGUCGUGAUGAGCACAUAAAACACAUCCACGCAAGGCCAUGGGACUGUCCUUUGUGUUCAUUGGUUUGUCCAAAUGAGGAUUCACUCCGUCAGCAUAUGCUGGGCCAACAUCAUAUAUUGAUACAGUGGUCCUGGUCGAAGUGCCCUUUCUGUCCCUCCGAAUUUCCAACAUACGGAGAUCGCUGGCAGCACAUGCUACAAAAACACCUUAGAUGGUAUCAAGCCUGAUUGGCAAUAUCUGAUCCUGUGAGUUCCUGUGACUACAUGAGAAGCGGAAAACUGUGCUGGAUUUUGAAAACGGACAAGUAACCUUCUAUACAAAGGAGUGACUACUUCACAAAAUGUCAGUUAGAUGAAACCAAAACAAGGCUCAAACCGAAGUCUCACAAACUUUUCAAUAUCCUCAACGGUCCGGUUACCUCUAGCCUUUGUUCUGUAUUACGCCCAUUUCUUUUAUGCAACCGUUGAGUUUUUUGGGAUACAGUAGGAAAAUGAAUGGAGAUUGCACAUGUAAAUUAUUCUUUUAAAUCCCGGGUUGGUGAUUGAUGAUUACUGCUAUUGGUAGGCUAUUCGUAUAUGGCUUUGGACGAAUCAAUUAAACACGAUUUAGGUAUGGCUUUGAAAAUAAUCAUAACACCAGUAAUAAUGGCCCUGCUUAUUUACAAUGUAUUAAUUGGAAUUUAAGGCUAUUCAGCUAUUUGAAGCUGAAGGUUUAGCAACACAAACUGAACAUUUAAAUGAUAAAAUUCAAUCUCAUAAUACAAAGAAUGAGCCCAGUAGUAGCCCUGUCACGCUCCGAAACCAAUUAGAAAAGUUCAAUGGAAAAAUGCACAGUACUAGUUGUUAUAAUGCGCGAGUGAUGUCUAUGGAAUGUCAUGCGUUGAAGAGAAUUUAAGAAUAGUAGAAAGUUAUUUGAGUUUGUAGAUUUCGAGUGAAAAAAUAAAAUUAUCUUUAACUACAAAUUUAAAAUAGCAUCCAAUAAUCAAUUGGUUACAGUAGUACAAGAGUAAUUACUUUAGCACUGUAAGUUUCUUUUCUGAUAAUCAACAUAAGAACAGGUACUAGCAUUCCGCUAGUGUCAAACAUUUGUAUGCAUGGUGAGCUAGCACUGCUGAAAAUUGGUUAUAAACGACAUGUUUCCUUUUGAAACUAAAUUACCUGCAGUUUCAUUGCAAUGACAAUUGCAUCUAUUUUCUUGCUUAAUUCAACUCAGCUGAACUCACUAACAUGAAUGUGAAUUAAAGUCAUUCCAAGAAUGGACACGAUUUUUUGUACAACGAUUUCUCCCCACGCGAUAGUUAAGUGACAAUUCAUUACAUUUGGAAAUUUUAAAUGUACCUUGUAGCAUUGGAAGAUUUCGUAACAUCAUCGGAAAUUCCGACAAAGAAAUGAAUAAAACAGCGGUGCAAAGACUGCAGUCUCUCAUAUUAA